AUUUAUAGGAGACGUAAUGCCAAGCAAGUUGCCAGAAGUUUUUCUGCUAAUUGAACCUACAGAAGAACAAUGUGGAAGGUUGUAUUACUUUUCUUUGCAGCCCUAAUUGCUGCAGUACUUCCCAUCCCAGGAGGACUUUUUGAUAUAAAAGCCAAUGAUACCGACGUCCAAGAAGUGCUGAGCUUCUUUACUAUCCAACACAACAAUGGGACCAAUGACACUUACCUCCACCAAGUCAGAGAGGUGGUCCGUGUUCAAGCUCAGGUGGUUGCAGGAUUGAAGUAUUAUUUUACUGUGAACAUGGCACGGUCUACCUGCAGAAAGGACGAUGCAGAAGAGGACAGUUCAAAAAAGGAUGAUGUAAAUAAGGACGAUGCAAAGAAAGAAGAAUGUGUCAUUCAAACAGAACCAGCCUUGGCUCACUCUUACCAGUGCACGUUUACUGUGUGGAGCCGCCGAUGGCUCAACGACACCCGCCUGCUGGAGCACAAAUGCUAGAAAUAGAACUGUGAAUAUUUCCUGGAUUUGCCUUCAGUGUAAAGUUCACUGAUACAGAAAUGUUAACAUACCUAAACCAUGUUUGUUGCAUAAUUGUACACUGGCUGUUUUUCAAACUUGACUGCUUUCAGGAUAAUUCUGUAACUUUUUAACCCAAAAUAAAAGCACAUUUGAUGAUUGUCACAAAGCU